UUGCAAGAGGCUCAGUUGGGUUUUGCCCGCCGCGGAGGGAAGUUUCAACUUUUCCGCUCCUGCAUUUGCUGCUGCUAAGUCCCUUUCAGGACGCUGCGGGCUGGUUAUGUCCUCUUGCUCCUGGGGAAGAUCCAGCGGCUUUGAAGUUGGUCUCAACAGCGCCUUGGUCUCAAGAACAAACCAACUGGAUUGAUGUCUACAAGCAUGGGGAUGCCUCUCGUGUCAUCAAGGUUUUCCUUCCACUUCCAGAAUCUUCCAGAACUGAUGCUCUUCCCCCUGGUGGUGAUGUUGUUACAAACCGAGAGUAGUCAUGGCAGCCUCCCUUUCUACAAUGGCUUCUACUAUGACAGACCCGUGAAUGAUGAAGGUCUGCACAAUGGUGUCCGACUACUGGUUGAGACCUCCGACGAUGCCAUCUCUACCCAGCGUGGUGCCAAUGUUACACUGCCCUGCCAUUAUCACUACGCACCUAAGCUGGAUGCCCCUCGCAGGAUCCGCAUCAAGUGGUCCAAGCUGCGGGAGGACAACUCUAAAGAUCGAGACGUGUUGGUGGCAUCUGGGCGAAAUCAUCGCAGCUUUGGCGAUUUCCGUGGAAGGACUCAUCUGCAGCAAGAGUCGGCUGAUGAAGCCUCCCUGGUGAUCAACGAUCUGCGCUUGAAUGAUGCUGGGAAGUACCGCUGUGAAGUCAUUGAUGGUCUGGAAGAUGAAAGUGGGACCGUGGAUCUAGAACUGCAAGGAGUGGUCUUUCCUUACCAGCCUCCCCAUGGACGCUAUAAGCUUAACUUCCACGAAGCCAAGAAGAUCUGCGAAGAUCAGGAUGCAGUAAUAGCCUCUUUUGACCAGCUUUUCAACUCCUGGUUAGACGGCUUAGACUGGUGCAAUGCUGGCUGGCUGAUUGAUGGCACAGUCCAGUAUCCUAUCACGGUACCCCGGGAACCCUGUGGUGGGCAUCACCUACAACCUGGUAUCAGAAGCUAUGGAGAACGUCACAAGAAUCUCCAUCGCUUUGAUGUCUUUUGCUUCUCUUCUGCUCUGAAAGGGACUGUCUACUAUCUUGAUCACAAUAAGAAGUUCAACUUAGAAGAAGCCAAGCAAGCGUGCCAAGAUGACCAAGCGGAAAUUGCCAAGGUGGGUCAGCUCUACUCGGCAUGGAAGUUCUUCGACUUGGACAACUGCAAUUCCGGCUGGUUGGCGGAUGGCAGCGUGCGCUACCCCAUCACUUCUCCCCGGCCCAAUUGUGGCCCACCAGAACCAGGAAUCCGAAGUUUUGGCUUCCCCCAAACUGGGAAAUUUGGAGUCUACUGUUACAAGAUGAGCUAAAGAAAAGGGUCCUUUAUCAGUGGACGGUGUCCUUUUUAUCAGAACCUAGAGUUUAUUAUUUA